UGUGCUGAAUCUGUGCCAACUUCCGUUACAUCGUGCGGGGCGGUAUUUCGGUUUUUCCGUAUUUAUCUACUAUAUGUAAUUUUAAAUUAUUCUAUUAUACGGCCUUCUUGUCAGUUAUCAUUUAUUUAGAUCUCUCUCUAUAACAAUAUACCGUGGUGAUUAUAUGCACUGUGUCUGUGGGUUUGCAUCAGGGCUUAUUGGGCUGGGGUCUCUUCUUAAUUUGUUCUAGAUAUUUCAAGUGUUGCAAAUGGCAGAAGCUGGGGUCUCCAGGAUGAAUGCAAGUAGUGUGCCAGAGAAUGAAUCAGCAGGAGUUGCUGGUGCUGCUCCUUCAAAUGCAGCAGACUCUCAGCAGUGUCCAUCCUCUACUGAUUCGUCUGAUAAUGCUAAAGCCAGUGGCGAUUUCAGCAAGAAGCCUACCUGCCUCAUAUUCCUUGGCAUGGCUGGCUCUGGAAAGACAACGCUGGUACAGAAAGUAACAUCAUAUCUGUAUGAGAAGAAACCAGCACCUUAUGUGAUAAACCUAGACCCAGCAUGUGCUGAGAUGCCCUAUCCUGCUAACAUAGAUAUUCGGGACACAGUCAAGUACAAGGACGUGAUGAAGCAGUACGGCCUGGGACCGAACGGCGGCAUCGUGACCUCGCUGAACCUGUUCGCCACGCAGUUCGACCAGCUGCUGGGCCUGCUGGACAAGCGGCAGGACCAGCACGAGUACGUUAUCAUCGACACUCCGGGGCAGAUCGAGGUGUUCACGUGGUCUGCGUCGGGCUCCAUCAUCACCGAGGCACUGGCAGCCAGCUUCCCCACCGUCAUCGUCUAUGUCAUGGACUCGGUGCGCAGCGUCAACCCCGUCACCUUCAUGUCCAACAUGCUCUACGCCUGCUCCAUCCUCUACAAGACGCGGCUGCCUUUCGUCGUCGCUCUAAACAAGACAGACGUGGUCGACAGCAGCUACGCCGAGGAGUGGAUGCGCGACUUUGAGGCGUUCGACGAGGCACUGCGCUCGGAGAGCUCGUACGCCACCAACCUGACCUACUCCAUGUCGCUGGUGCUCGACGAGUUCUACAGCAACCUCAGGUGCACGGGCGUAUCGGCGGUGACGGGCGCCCGGCUGGACCGGCUGCUGGAGCUGGUCGGCGACGCUCGGCGCGAGUACCUCACCGAGUACCGCGCCGAGUACGAGCGGCUGCGGGCGGCGCGCGACCAGGCCGAGCGCGGCCGGCAGCGGCGCGACCUGCAGCGGCUGGAGGCCGACCUCGAGCCGCAGGACCGCGAGGCCACCGUCGAGAGCGACGUCACCCUGCGCUCGGCAGCGCGCGUCGACGACGACGACGACCUGGCGGAGGAGCGGGAGACAGAGCGGGACGAUGAGGAUGACACGGAGUCGUUCCAGAGCUUCCUCCAGCAGCACAAGCAGCGACAGGCGGCCCGACGAACGACCGAUGCAAGCAAGUCUUGAAACCAGCUGUGAACACUUAAAUCAUGUCCAUUCACUUGUAAGCGCUACGAAUACAUAACACUAUAUAUGUUCA